AUGCGUGAAUAUAAAUUGGUAGUUUUGGGUAGUGGUGGUGUUGGCAAGAGUGCUCUGACUGUUCAAUUUGUACAAGGAAUAUUCGUUGAAAAAUAUGAUCCGACAAUCGAAGAUAGUUAUCGAAAACAAGUUGAAGUUGACGGAAUACAGUCAAUGUUAGAAAUUCUUGACACAGCUGGAACAGAACAAUUCACAGCUAUGCGUGAUUUAUACAUGAAAAAUGGUCAAGGUUUUGUAUUAGUCUAUUCAAUAACAGCACAAUCAACCUAUAAUGAUUUAGUUGAUUUAAGAGAUACGAUUUUGAAAGUGAAAGAUACAACGGAUGUUCCAAUGGUCUUAGUAGGCAACAAAUGUGAUUUAGAAGAUGAACGUGUGGUUGGAAAAGAAGUAGGACAAACAUUAGCACGUAAUUGGUGUAGUACAUUUCUUGAAACAUCAGCCAAACUAAAAGUUAAUGUAAACGAGAUUUUUUUUGAUCUCGUUCGACAAAUAAACAAACGAACACCUGUAAAUAAAGAUAAAAACAAAAAACGUAAUGUACCACAAUCAAAUACAAUUUCAUCCUCUAAUGUUAAUAAUGGACAACCCACUGAUGGUAACAAUACAAAUGGUUGCUGUGUAUUAUUAUAA